CAGAGUGUUGCUAGCAACGGCCAAGCAGGUCUUGCAGUACAUAGUGCAAUGCGAGUGUAUAUCGCCUAGGGAGAGCAACCGCAGAGCUCGCGGGGAUGGUUGGGUACGGACAGCGGACUUGUGCUACGCUCUGAAGCUGGCAAUGCCUUGGGCUGGACCUCGCACCCUCGUUCACAACGGGCGACCGGACGACCUCAAUCUGAGGUGGGCAGCACAGUCACUUUGCUUGUGGAGCAAGAUCCUCCAGAAGGGCUACAGCCCGACAUACAAUCUGAGCAUCAAGGAGGCUGUCCGCUUUGCCGCUAACGCUGUUCGAGCCAGGCCAGACGACGCGGAGUGCCUGAAGCAGCUUAUGCGUGCCCUACUUGGCGCACAAGAUCCUCUCGUGUCUCGACACCAUCUAGCGCAGGUUGAAGACGCAGCAUUGGCCAGCGAGGAUAGCACGGUGUCAGCUUUGCUGCUCGCUCUGCGAGGCCAGCUUGAUGGUGGACCCAUCACCAAUCUGCCGUCGGAAAUACUUUUGCAGAUCUUGCAGCAAUUGCCUACGACAUUCCUGUGCGAAGUUGCUUGCUGCAACCGUUUUUGGCACCAGGUCGCGAGCACCACGUGCCUCUGGCAGCACGUUUCCAUCUCGGCAGGAAAUCAGCGGAGGGCUUUGAGCGUUGCUGGCUGGACGGGGUGGUCAGAGCCUCGCCCACAAAGCUGCACAGCCAAAGUCCAGCCUGUCACCCUGGAUUUUGAGGACUCGCGGCUUCAGAAAUGCCCACUUGGGCGGCAUUCUCUCGAUGCAAUGCGAGCGCGAUCAGGCGAUGCGAGUCUCCAGCGUUUGUUUUACACGGAGCCGACCAGCCUUCAUGCUGCAGGGCUGAGGGCCUACGCAUCGCGCUGGCAUGGUCACAUCGCUACUUUGAGGCCAGACCUUAGCGCGACGAGGUACGGGCUUGACAGUCUGGUGGCCACGGACGAUGAGACCACGGACGUAUUUGGUGGGACAAACAACUGGUUGGCACUUGUCGUCAGCCAUGACAUCAGCAAGCGCCUGCUCAACGUGUGCGUGAGAGCAGAGAGCGCAAGACACGUGGAGCAUCUCUGGCAAGUCUUGCAACCAUUGGCCAGCAGCGCUGGUGCGCUGAGUGUCCUGUUCAUGAAGCCGCUUUUCUCUACACAAUGGAUCUCCUCCGAAGGACCAGCGCUUGGAGACUUGGCUUUCAAGAAUCUGCACACGUUGGUCCUCAAAGUUGCCGACAACUCUGACAGCUCCACUUCAGUGCCCACAUUGUCAGAUGAGGCCAUUGGAGCAAUGCCACUCCUUGAGCUGCCAGCUUUGCAGACUCUGGUGCUCGAUUGGUCCUUUCUGCGGUGUAUCAGCUGGCCAUCUUUUGCCAUGCUCAAGGAAAUUCACAUCCUGGCAUGCGUGGACAAGCCAGGCCAGGUGCCCAUCAUGGUAGAGGCUCUGAAGUCCGCAAAGACUGCCGCUGCAAUCCGGCUCGCGCUCAACAGGGUGGAAGUGCUGGAGAGCCUUUUUAGCAACGCCUCGAUUUUGCCAAGUCUCGUCGACCUGGACGUCGACUUUCGGGGCACGGAGGAGGUCGAUGGUCAACACCCUGGCACCUUGUGGCACGAUGGCGAGGAUGAGGUCCAGAUCGGUCGCGCAGAGCACGCUGUCGUCAGACUUUGUGCCGUCAGACUCGCAGCAUCGAGGUCUGCGCCCGCGCACGUCAUCGACUUUCUCACUGGUGCAGAGCACCCCUUCCCGGUUCCCCACACCUUCGACGUCCUGAGUGCUGCUUCUCGCGAAGGUGAUCAGUCGCUUGUGGAACAGCCAGUCGAGCUCGACCGACUUUCAAAAGAGACGGAGACAAUUGACGAGGAGAUUGCCGCGCUUGCGUGGCAUUACAUCAAGUCACGACCCUGUCAUCUUGAUCAAGUCGAUCACUGCCUACUGAGCGCAGUCGAUGAACCGGUCCCAACGCGAGCCGUGCAUUGUCUGACGAUCACAUCGCCACUGUCACACUGCCCAUUGCAUUUGGCACUCUGGCUUGACAAGCACCUACGUGUGCGCCGCGUGCUCGACAUCGUGGAUUUCAUGCCUUGGUGCUGAAGGAGUCUUUCAGCCUUCGCAGCUGGACAAGCCGAGGUUUCACACGCCAGUAGCUUAGGUGCGAAGAUGCCAUCUAAAGCGGUCAAUCGCAACUUUGUCAGCCCUUUUGAUUCCGAACUUCUCGCUGCUGCCGACGAAGGACUCGGCGCGAAGAAGUUGACUCCGUCCUGUCUCCCUCACGAGCGUAGCCUCCAGCGUCACCUUUCAGAUCGUCCACCUCACUUCGUCGGCGACCCUGCCACGUUUACAGUGACCCGCAAUUAUAC